GUCCGGGGCACCGGGGUCCUCUCGCCUCUCUCCGACAGCUCACUCGUCUGGCGGGAUGGGCCGGCGGCUCGGCCGCCCGGGAGCGAUGGCACGGGCAAGUUUGCCGUUCCUCCUGCUCCUUGCUGCGCUCUGCAGCCGGGGUCAGCAGCCACAGCCGCCACCGUCGCAAAGAGGAUUGUUUCCCGCAGUGCUGAACUUGGCUACUAAUGCUCUCAUCACAACCAAUGCUACUUGUGGAGAAAAGGGUCGGGAAAUGUACUGCAAACUUGUUGAACAUGUUCCUGGACAGCCUGCAAGGAACCCUCAGUGCCGUAUUUGUGAUCAAAGGAGUAGGGUUCUACAUCAACGACAUCCAAUAACAAAUGCAAUUGAUGGCAAGAACACUUGGUGGCAAAGCCCUAGUAUCCAGAAUGGAAUCGAAUAUCAUUACGUGACUAUUACACUGGAUCUCCAACAGAUUUUCCAGAUUGCAUAUGUUAUUGUGAAAGCAGCUAAUUCACCUCGACCUGGGAAUUGGAUAUUAGAGCGUUCUCUGGAUGGUGUAGACUAUCAGCCAUGGCAGUAUUAUGCUAUUACAGAUAGUGAGUGCCUGACACGCUACAAUAUUCAUCCCCGUCCUGGAACUCCAUCCUAUAUGAAAGAUGAUGAAGUUAUAUGCACCUCUUAUUAUUCUAAGAUCCAUCCUCUGGAGAACGGAGAGAUUCACACUUCUCUAAUUAAUGGACGGCCGAGUGCUGAUGAUCCUUCACGUACAUUACUGGAAUUCACCUCUGCUCGCUUUAUUCGUCUGAGAUUUCAGAGGAUACGAACACUAAACGCUGAUUUAAUGAUGUUUGCACACAAAGAUCCCACUGAAAUUGAUCCCAUCGUUACAAGGAGGUAUUACUACUCUAUAAAAGAUAUCUCAGUUGGUGGCAUGUGCAUAUGCUCAGGCCAUGCGAAGGCUUGUCCACUUGAUCCAGUGACCAAUAAAUCUGUCUGUCAGUGUGAGCACAACACUUGUGGAGAGACAUGUGAUCGGUGUUGUCCUGGUUUCAAUCAAAAACCUUGGCAUGCUGGGACUUUCCUGGUUAAGCACCAAUGUGAACCAUGCAACUGUCAUGGGAAGACCGAGGAAUGUUACUACGAUCAGAAUGUGGCAGACAGAAAUCAGAGUUUGAAUAUUUUUGGAGAAUACAUCGGGGGUGGAGUGUGUGUUAAUUGUACAAGCCACACUGAUGGCAUAAACUGUGAGACCUGUGUUGAUGGCUACUUCAGACCUAAAGGGGUAUUGCCAGAUAGCCCAGAUCCAUGCCAGCCUUGUUCCUGUGAUCCAAAUGGGUCUUUACAUGAAACUUGUGUCAAAGACGAAAAACAUGCAGAAGGAGACAUGUUACCUGGUUUCUGUCACUGCAAGACCGGCUAUGCAGGAGAGCACUGCAGUAGAUGUGCCUUGGGUUAUACGGGAUAUCCUGACUGCCUGCCCUGCAACUGCUCAGUGGAAGGCAGCGCGAAUAUUGACCCUUGUGUAGGUCUCUGUGUCUGUAAGGAACAUGUCGAAGGAGAAAACUGUGAUCGUUGCAAAUCAGGCUUCUUCAAUCUGCAGCAAAAUAAUCCCAAAGGCUGUGAGGAAUGUUUCUGCUCUGGGAAAACAAAUGUCUGCACAAGCUCUCACUUUACGUACAGAAAUAUAGAAGACAUGAAUGAUUGGUAUCUAGUCGGCUUAUCUGGUCUCAUCAGAGUUACUCCUAAGCAAAAGAAUAUUGGUGGGCGUCAACAGCUUAGCAUCAACAACGUGUCUGCACGUAAAGUACUGCCACAGACUUAUUAUUGGAGUGCACCCAGUUCUUAUUUGGGCAACAAAGUAACAGCUGCUGGAGGGCUUCUGAAAUUCACAGUCUCCUAUGAUUUCACAAAGCAAGAAGAGGCAGCUCAAUUGAUGAUCCAACCUGAUGUCAUCAUAGAGGGAGGAGGUGAUUUGAGAAUCAACACUCCAAAAGGCAGAAUUCACCUGCAGCCUUCUGAAGUGCAUACUGAAGAAAUUGUGCUGAAACCAGAAUCUUUCUCGUUGCAUGGCACUGAUGUUCCAGUCAGCAGGAGGGAGUUCAUGACCAUCUUCGCAAACAUCAAGAGGAUCCUUAUAAGAGCCACAUACAGCUAUGGGAUGAAUGCCAUCUACAGGCUAAAUGGUGUUAGCAUUGAAGCUGCUGACUACUCUUCAACUGGGAGAAAGCUAGCAUCUCCAGUGGAGUUAUGUGACUGUCCCCCAGGUUAUGCCGGUACCUCAUGUGAGUAUUGCUGGCCACAACACAGACGUGUGAACGGCACAAUCUUUGGUGGAGUCUGCACGCCAUGUACAUGCUUUGGUCAUGCAGAAUCAUGUGAUGAUAUCACAGGGGAAUGCCUGGACUGCAAACACAACACAGGUGGUUCAUAUUGUGAUAGAUGUCUUCCUGGUUUCUAUGGCGAUCCUACUAAAGGAACAGCUGAAGACUGUCAGUUGUGUGCUUGCCCACUAAAUAUACCUUCUAACAACUUUAGCCCAACGUGCCAUUUUGACCAAAGCCAUGGAUUAAUAUGUGAUGAAUGCCCAGUUGGGUAUGUGGGACCACGCUGUGAAAGGUGUGCAGAAGGCUAUUUUGGACAACCUCUAAUACCAGGGGGAUCAUGCCAACCAUGCCAAUGUAAUAACAACCUUGACUUCUCCAUUCCUGGCAGCUGUGACAGCUUGUCUGGUGCUUGCCUGAUAUGUAAGUCAGGUACAACAGGCCAGUAUUGUGAGAGGUGUGCUGACGGAUAUUUUGGUGAUGCUCUUGAUGCAAGGAACUGUCAACCCUGCCGUUGCCAUGUCAAUGGAUCCAUCUCAGAGAUCUGUGACUCUCAGACUGGCCAGUGCGAGUGUAAAGCCAACGUAAUUGGACGCCAGUGUGACACGUGCAAGCCUGAAACGUUUGGCUUACAAUCUUCCAGAGGAUGUGUUCCCUGCAACUGCAACUCUUUUGGUUCCAAAUCCUUUGACUGUGAUGGAAAUGGACAGUGUUACUGCCAGCCAGGAGUGACAGGGAAGAAGUGUGACCGCUGUGCUCAUGGAUUUUACAACUUUGAAGAAGGAGGCUGUACUCCCUGUGCCUGUUCACAAUUUGGUAAUAACUGUGAUCCUGUCAGUGGCCGCUGUAUCUGCCCCCCCAAUACCAUUGGAGAGAUGUGUGACAAGUGUGCACCAAAUCACUGGGGCCAUGACAUUGUCCAUGGUUGCAAGCCCUGUGACUGUAGCCUCAUUGGAGCCCUAAGUGCUCAGUGUGACUUGAAUACAGGCUGCUGCUUCUGCCUCCCUGAAUUCUCUGGGGAUAAAUGCACUGAGUGCAGGUCGGGUUACUGGAAUUAUCCACAAUGCAUUGCUUGUCAGUGUGUCCUAUCUGGGACUGAUCCACGGAGCUGUGAAACAGAUCUGGGGACAUGCUCAUGUGUUAAUCAUACUGGCCAAUGCAGCUGCAAGGUCAAUGUGGAAGGUGUCCACUGUGACAGGUGCAAGUCUGGCACAUUUGGCCUCUCUGCCAGAAACCCACUUGGCUGCAGCAGUUGCUAUUGCUUUGGCUUGACUACACAGUGCAGUGAGGCAAGGGGGCUGAUCCGCACGUGGGUGACCUUGAGGCCAGAGCAAAUGGUUCUGCCGCUGGUGGAUGAAAAACUUCAUCAAAGCACUCUUUCAGGGAUUGCAUUCCAGCCUCCUGAAAUAGUAGCAAAUAUAGAGCAGGUGAUGCAGAUUCUUCGUUCAGAACCUGUUUACUGGAGGCUUCCAGAGCAGUUUGAAGGAAGAAAGCUGACUGCUUAUGGAGGGAAACUAAAAUAUGCAAUCUACUUUGAAGCACGAGAAGAAACGGGCUUUACUACUUACUUCCCCCAAGUGAUCAUCAGAGGUGGCCCUCCCACCCAUACAAGAAUUAUUGUCCGACAUAUGGCUGCCCCUCUGAUUGGACAGCUGACAAGGCAUGAGAUAGAGCUGACAGAGCAUGAAUGGGAAUAUUAUGGUGAUGGCCAAAGAGUGAGAAACAUUGUGCCCUGGGAAUAUCAGGAUGACCCUGCAGUCAACAAGACCAUGUCUCAGGCAGAUUUCACAUGGAAACGUUAUGCAGAUGACUCAAGGCGAAGUAGAGUUGUAUCCCGAGAAGACUUCCUGAAUGUGCUGUAUGAUGUUCAUUACAUUCUUAUUAAGGCUACUCAUGGCAACAUCAUGAGGCAGAGCAGGAUUUCUGAGAUCUCAAUGGAAGUUGCUGAAGGUGGCGUUGUUUCUGGAAUGACUCCUCAGGCUAACUUGAUUGAGCAAUGUGACUGUCCACUGGGUUACUCUGGUUUGUCUUGUGAGUCAUGCUCUCCAGGAUUUUACAGGCUUCCAGCCUCACAUGGAGGAAGGAUACCUAGUCAGUCCCUAGGUGCCUGUGUUGUGUGUCAAUGUCAUGGGCACAGUACUAUGUGUGACCCAGAAACAUCAGUUUGUCAGAACUGUCAGCACAAUACUGCCGGUCAGCACUGUGAGAGAUGUGCAUUGGGGUUUUAUGGCAUUAUCCAAGGAUCUCCAGAGGACUGCCAGCCUUGUGCUUGUCCCCUUUCCAUUUCCAGUAACAAUUUUAGCCCUUCUUGUGUUGUGGAAGGACCUAGUGAUUACCGGUGUACUGCAUGCCCACCUGGAUAUGAAGGCCAGUAUUGUGAAAGAUGUUCUCCUGGCUACACAGGAAAUCCACAAACCCCAGGAGGAUCCUGCCAGGAAUGUGAGUGUGAUCAAUAUGGUUCCAUGCCUGUACCCUGUGACCCUGCCACCGGAGUGUGUACUUGCAAGCCUGGAUUCACAGGGUGGAAGUGUGCUGGCUGUGAACAUCGAUAUGCACGUGAUGGCAUGAAAUGCAUUUCUUGUGAUGAUGAAUGUACAGGACUCCUUCUCAAUGACCUGGAUCGACUAAACCAGAUGAUCAUGAGUGUUAACCUGACUGGUCCACUGCCUGCUCCAUAUAAAUUGUUGUACAGUUUUGAGAACACAACACAGGAAUUAAAGCAUUUGCUUUCACCUCAGCGAGCACCAGAGAGACUUCUUCAGUUAGCUCAGGAUAAUCUGGAUACACUGGUGACAGAAAUGGAUGAACUACUGACAAGAGCUACCAAGGUGACAGCAGAUGGCGAGCAAACAAGGCAGGAUGCUGAGAGGACCCAUGACAGAGCAAGAUCUCUUGGACAGUUCAUGAAGGGCAUUCUCCAAGCUGCUGAAGCUGUAAAUGAAGAUGCUAUAAGACUGAAUGAGACUCUUGGAAUCCCAGACAAGACUUUGGAGAAGAGUCUCCCAGAACUGCAGAGUGAGGCUGACAGAAUGGUCACAGAGAUGAGAAGUAAAAAGCUGAAUAUGCAAGAAAGAAUGGCUCAAGAUGAGUUCAAGAAUGCAGAAGAUCUUUUGAACAAAGUGAAGAAAUUAUUUGGAGAGCCCAGUGAGAAAAAUGAGGAUCUCAAAAAUGAAGUCCGGGACAAGCUAGCAAACUACCACACGAAAGUUGACGAUGCUCGAGAUCUGCUAAGAGACGCUAUGGAUAAAAUUAGAGAGGCUAAUCGUUUAUCUGCAGUCAACCAAAGUAACAUGACCAUGGUAGAGAUAAGGAAGCAAGCUGUAGAAGAUGGCAGACAAGGUGUUGAGAAGAGUCUGCAGGAAGGGAAUGACAUCCUUAAUGAAGCCAACAACCUUAUAAAUGAAAUCAACGUAGCUGUAGAGUAUGUGGAAAGUGUUGCAGAUAAGAUACAGUCAAUGUCCGAUCAGCUGAAGGAUAAAAUAGAUGAUUUAUCACAAGAAAUUCAAGACAAAAUGCUUCCAGAAAAGGUAUUACAAGCUGAGAACCAUGCAGCACAGCUGAAUGAAUCAUCUGCAGUACUGGAUGGAAUCCUUGCUGAAGCAAAAAACCUUUCUUUCAAUGCCACACUUGCUUUCAAUGCUUAUACCAACAUCAAGGAUUACAUAGAUGAAGCUGAAAAAGUUGCCAAGGAAGCCAAGGCUCUUGCAAAUGAAGCUAUGCAAGCGACAUCUGGUCCUCAAGGGUCAUUGAAGGAUGAUGCCAAGAGCUCUCUUCAGAAAAGCUUCAGGGUCUUUAAUGAUGCUAUGGUGUUAGAAAAUGAUGUUAAAGAAAAGGAAGAUGACCUGGACAGCAUGCAGAACAGACUGAAAGAUGCUGAUGAGAAGAAUUCUAUUCUCCUGAAAACUCUGAAUGAAACCUUUGGGAAGCUCUCAGCCAUUCCCAAUGAUACAGCUAUAAAGGUACAGGCAGCUAAAGACAAAGCAAGACAAGCCAACAAUACUGCAAAUGAUGUCCUGGCCCAGAUUAAAGACCUCAACCAGAAUCUCUUUGGCUUGAGAAACAACUACAGUAAGCUUGCAGAUGAUGUGGCAAAAACAAAUGCUGUUGUGAAGGAUCCUAUCAAGAACAAAAUAAUUGCUGAUGCAGAUUCUAGUAUAAAACACCUGGAAAAGGAGGCAGAUCGCCUCCUAGAUAAACUCAAGCCAAUCAAAGAACUUCAGGAUAAUUUAGGGAAAAACAUUUCUCAGAUAAAAGAGCUGAUAAACCAAGCUCGGAAGCAAGCCAAUUCGAUCAAAGUGUCCGUGUCUUCUGGAGGCAACUGUAUUCGGACAUACAGACCAGAAAUAAAAAAAGGAACGUACAAUACCAUCAUUGUCAAUGUGAAGACUGUAGUUGCUGACAAUCUGCUUUUUUACCUUGGAAGUGCCAAGUUUACUGACUUCUUGGCCAUAGAAAUGCGCAAAGGCAAGGUGAGCUCCCUGUGGGAUGUGGGAUCUGGUGUUGGACGGGUAGAGUAUCCAGAUCUGACCAUUGAUGAUGGGUUUUGGUACCGGAUUGAAGCCUCUAGGACUGGGAAAAAUGGCACUAUAUCAGUGCGAGCUCUGGAUGGCCCCAAAGCCAGCAUUGUGCCAGCCACUUUCAGUGGUGUCUCUCCACCUGGAUAUACCAUUUUGGAUGUUGAUGCUAAUGCCCUGCUGUUUGUUGGAGGUUUAACUGGAAAAAUAAAGAAAUCAGAUGCUGUAAGAGUCACCACUUUCACUGGCUGCAUGGGUGAAACCUUCCUAGACAGCAAACCCAUAGGACUGUGGAAUUUCAGGGAUAUAGAGGGUGACUGCAAGGGGUGCGCUGUCAGCCCACAGGUGGCAGAUGGUGAAGGGACAGUCCAGUUUGACGGUGACAGCUAUGCUGUAGUGAGCCGCCCAAUCCGUUGGAACCCUAAUAUUUCCACAGUCAUGUUCAAAUUCAGGACCUUCUCAUCCAAUGCCCUGCUGAUGUAUCUUGCUACUGAGGACUUGAAGGAUUUUAUGAGUGUAGAACUCAGCGGUGGGCGUAUAAAAGUCAGCUACGAUCUGGGUUCAGGUACAGCUUCUGUUACCAGCAACCAAAAUCAUAAUGAUGGCAAAUGGAAGUCUUUUACUCUGUCAAGAAUUCAGAAGCACGCGAACAUAUCAAUUGUAGACAUAGACACCAAUGAAGAAGAGACCAUAGCAACAACCUCUACAGGCAGCCACUUUGGACUCAACUUAAAAGGGCACGAGAAAAUAUAUUUUGGUGGAUUGCCGACCCUUAGAAACCUAAGUAUGAAAGCAAGACCUGAAGUGAACUUAAAGAAAUACACAGGUUGCCUCAAAGAGAUAGAAAUUUCAAGGACCCCAUAUAACAUAUUGAGUAGUCCUGAUUUUGUUGGCCUAACCAAAGGAUGCACAUUGGAGAAUAUUUAUACAGUUAGCUUCCCCAAGCAAGGCUUUGUGGAAAUGCCACCUGUCUCCUUUGACGUGGGCACAGAAAUCAACCUCUCCUUCAGCACCAAGAAUGAGUCUGGAAUCAUUUUGUUUGGCUCAAGCGGCACAGUUGUCCCCCCCAGGAGAAAGCGCAGACAGACUGGACAGGCCUACUAUGCAGUGUUCCUGAACAGAGGUCGACUGGAAGUGCAUAUCUCUACUGGAAUCCAAGAUCCCCACAGAAUCACCAUCAGACCAGAAGCUGUCAAGUUUCAUGAUGGCAGAGCACACUCCGUGAGGAUAGAAAGAUCUAAAGGGAUGUUCAGUGUUCAAGUAGAUGAAGACAAAGUCCAGUCUCAGAGACUGCCAACAGAUCAGCCCAUCUCUGUUAGGAAACUCUUUGUCGGGGGUACUUCUUCUCAGUUUCACACUGCACCUCUCAGAAACAUACCACCAUUUGAGGGCUGUAUAUGGAAUCUCGUCAUUAACGCCACCCCCAUGGACUUCGCUCAACACGUGACCUUUGAAAAUGCAGAUAUUGGCCAAUGUCCUUUUCUGGAACCAGAGGCCAGGCCACCUGAGGAAGAAGAUAAACCAAUUCAUUCAACAGUCCUGAUCCAACCUGAGCCAGACGGAGAGAAAGAAACAGCAGAGACACCUCCUGCUAGAGUAUCUCCACCUCCUCCAACAUCUAUAUCUUCCCCUCUUGACUCACUUGCUGCUGAAAUGAAGAGCGCCAGCAUUAUACCUGCAUUUGACCCCAUGACGGAUUCGUGUGCUGCCGACACAGAACCAAGCAUUUUGGAAGGUGGCAAGCAAUUUGGUCUUUCAAGGAACAGCCAUAUUGCUAUAGCAUUUGAUGACACGAAAGUGAAAAACAGACUUACAAUUGAAUUUGAAGUCCGAACAAUGGCUGACUCUGGCUUGCUGUUUUAUAUGGCCCGCAUCAACCAUGCUGAUUUUGCUACUGUUCAGAUAAAGAAUGGACUGCCUUACUUCAGCUAUGAUCUGGGAAGUGGAGACACCAACACAAUGAUUCCCAAUAAAAUAAAUGAUGGCCAGUGGCACAAGAUAAAAGUCAUUCGAACCAAGCAAGAAGGAAACCUCAUUGUAGAUGGUGUUUCAAACAGGACUGUUAGCCCAAAAAAGGCUGAUAUAUUGGAUGUUGUGGGAAUGCUCUACGUUGGAGGACUGCCUGUAAACUACACAACUAGAAGAAUUGGUCCGGUCACCUAUAGCAUUGAUGGCUGCAUCAGAAAUUUUAAGAUGACAGAAUCACCUGUUGACCUGGAUAACCCAACUUCAAGCUUCAGUGUUGGAAAGUGCUUUGUCACUGCUCAGAAAGGAACGUACUUCGAUGGAACAGGCUUUGCCAAAACAGUUGGUGCAUACAAGGUGGGAACAGAUCUGCUUGUGGAAUUUGAAUUCCGCACAACACGAAUGAAUGGUGUGCUUCUAGGAGUCAGCAGCCAGAAAAUGGAUGGACUUGGCAUCGAAUUAGUGGAUGGAAAAGUGAUGUUUCAUGUUGACAAUGGUGCAGGCCGAUUCUCUGCUGUCUAUGAGCCUGAUGCACCAGCCAGCUUGUGUGAUGGGCAGUGGCACAAGGUUGUUGCAAACAAGAUCAAACAUCGUUUGGAGCUGACUGUGGAUGACAGACAGGUGGAUGGUAGCAGCCCAAACAGGGCCUCUACCUCAGCAGACACUAAUGACCCUGUCUUUGUCGGAGGAUAUCCCGAUGGUGUAACUCAGUUUGGGUUGACCACUAAUAUUCGUUUCAAAGGAUGUAUUCGAUCUCUGAAGCUCACCAAGGGUACUGCUAAACCUCAAGAGAUUAACUUCAGCAAAGCUCUGGAGCUGAAGGGUGUUCAGGUGUCAUGCCCUGCAAGCUAACUGUUGUUCAGCUCAUAUGGGCCUGUUCAUAUAAGCAUUUUAGAUUAAAAAAAAAAAAAACCAACAACAAACAAAAAAGCCUAUAUAUACGUUGCAUUCAUAAUAAAAUGUCUUCAUGCAAGUA